AUGGAGGCUCCAGAGGAACUGGGUGGGAGAGAAAAGUUGACUGCAGCAUUUCCAUCUGUUGCACCCGAUUUGUCAGUGGCUAAAAAUUAUCAAAGCAUCAGUGGCACUUCUGUGAAGGUGGGCUUGCAAAUUUAUCAAAUUCGUCAGUAUUUAAGUCCCUCCCAAUCACCAAACCAUCCUUUCGGUCGAUUAAGGAGUGGAAGGAGGAAAGAAAGUGUUUACUAUUUUGGAUAA